UUUGAUUUAAUUAUAGUACUAUAACAUUCGGCAUAAUAUGUCCAAAAGUAAAACAUUAUUGGGUUUUGAAGACGAAUUUGUAACUGACACCUACAAAGCUCUUUUGAACCAUACCACUAAUAAAAUCGGAGGAAAGCCAGAUUUUCCUAAUGUGAAUAUUGAUAACCCAAAUUGUGAAUUAUGCCGAUUGCCUCUGCUACUGGUAUGCCAAAUUUACGCCCCACUGGAUGUUACUUAUGACAGGACAUUAUAUUUGUUUGGAUGUAUUAACGCCAAGUGUUGGAAUUCUGGUCACAGUUGGACGUGUCUGCGGGUUCAAGUAAAAAAAACGGAUAAUGCAGUCGAUGACGUCACAUGUUCAUCAACAAAAUCGUUUAUUGCGGACUGGUGUGCAGACGCCGAUAAUUGGGGCGAAGACAACAUUGAUGAUAAUUUUGGUCCCGGAAUUAGUUCUAGCACUGUUAUGCAAGAUCCGUUUGUUAUUGGAAUCGCAAAUUUGUCUGUCGGUGAUCCACAGGAUGAGCAAAUUGCGAGCGCCGAAAUUGAUUUGGAGGAAAACGAAUUGGUACGCGUAGACACGCCACCGACGUCGGAAAUUGACAUCGGCAGCCUUCUUCGGGAAUCGGUACCGCCGCCGUUGCCUCCACAAACGUCCAGCCCGGAAUUUUUAUCGUUUUUCUUGUCGGUGUGGGAAGAGGAUUUUCCCCGGGGAUUCGACCAGCAUGCCGAACAAUUAUUGCUCAAGUAUCGCGAGAAAAACGAUUUGAUGCCCGGGGAACAAACCGGCAGCGGCGGGGUAGCCGAAAGCUACGAAAAGAGCUUCCCAGCUCACGGAGAUAAAAUGUUCCAUCAGUUCAUAUCAAAAAUUCGAGAGCAUCCGGGACAAUUAUUGAGGUAUAGUCGCGAAGGCAACCCUCUCCUGCUGUAUCCUCUGAAAAAUGCAACAGACAAUAAAUGUCUUUAUUGUCAAGAGGAAUCAGUGUUUGAGUUUCAGUUGUUGUCUACUAUUAUUCCCAAGCUGCGUUUAACUUUAGACGACCAAGCAUGCGCCAGACUGGAUUUUGGAACCGUUCUAGUUUACACGUGCAAAAACAGCUGCUGGAAGGAGGAUGCAGUUUUUCAAACGGAAACUGUUAUCGUACAACACGAAAAAUAUUAAAUAAAACAUUUUUUCCACUUAAUCCGACUUCCGUAAAUCAUUCAUCCCGUAAUAAAACCGAGUUUUAAUUGGUUUGUGUUUUUUUUUAUUAUUUUCCGACAAAAAUAACGAUUGGCCACACUUUCCCUUAACCAUAGCCCGGUUAUAUAAUUUUGGGUCGAAGCCGUGGGACGAGUUGAAUUGGUGAAGUCGAAAAACGAUUUUUG